UUCAUUAUAUUCAAGUCAAUACGACCGAUUGGACGCCACUGAAAAGCCGUUUUUCGAAAUGAAGUAUUUUAAAGGCGUACUAGUUUUGUUGGUUUUGGUUUCUCUGAACAUAGUGGUCUCCGAGAACGUCUGUGGAUUUGAGUCCUGCCCUAAAACCAAUUCAAAUAUGAUUAAUGUGCAUUUAGUCCCCCACUCACACGAUGAUGUCGGGUGGCUCAAAACAGUUGAUCAAUAUUACUAUGGAAGCAAUAAAAAUAUCCAGCAUGCUGCCGUCCAAUAUAUAUUAGACACAGUAGUUGAAGAGCUAUUAAAAGACUCAAAGCGUCGUUUCAUACAAGUAGAAACAUCUUUUUUUUUUAAAUGGUACUCUGAACAAACAGAGACUAUGAAAAAAGCUGUGAAGCAAUUAGUCGCUGAAGGACGCCUGGAAUUUGCUGGAGGCGCGUGGAGCAUGAAUGAUGAGGCCGCAGUUCACUACCAAAGUGUCAUAGACCAAUUUAAUUUGGGCUUAAAAUUUUUGAAAAACACGUUCGGGGCUUGCGCUCGUCCUCGAAUCGGUUGGCAGAUAGACCCCUUUGGGCAUUCUCGAGAAAUGGCUUCCAUUUUUGCACAAAUGGGUUACAACGGGGAGUUUUUCGCUCGGAUGGAUUAUGCUGAAAAGAAUAAACGCCUAAGUACCAUGACAAUGGAAAUGAUUUGGAAAUCUAGCGUAUUUUUGAAAAACUCCGAAAUUUUCACUGGUUUGCUUUAUCGUCAUUAUGGAUCUCCUCCCGGGUUCUGCUUUGACAUCCAUUGCCAGGAUGAUCCAAUAAUUGACGGUAUGAGCUACGACAAUAACGUAAACAAACGAGUCGAUGAUUUUAUUGCCUAUGUAACGUCAAUGUCGAAGUCGUUCCGAGCUAAUCAUAUAAUGGUUCCAAUGGGUGAUGAUUUCCAAUAUGAAGACGCCGAGGUAAACUUUAAAAAUAUGGACAAACUAAUUAAGUACGUUAACAAUCGUCAAUCGGAGGGUUCAAAAAUCAAUAUUUUUUACUCAACUCCAUCUUGCUACCUUUACGAAUUGCAUCAGUUACUGCAAAGUUGGCCAAACAAAACCGAGGAUUUCUUUCCAUAUUCUAGUGACACUCAUUCCUACUGGACUGGAUAUUUUACUUCACGUCCAACCCAAAAACGUUUCGAGCGGGAUGGAAAUCAUAUCCUUCAGACGGUUAAGCAACUUAUCACACUAGCUAAUCUCACCACCGCUAAGCACGAAAAAGGCCUCAGAAACUUGCGGCAGGCAAUGGGUGUUAUGCAGCAUCAUGAUGCUAUUACGGGCACUGAAAAACAAGCAGUUGCCCAAGACUAUGAUCGUAUGUUAUUCAACGCAAUUAUUGGUGCCGAAAAUAAUGCUCGGGAUGCUCUGCGUGUGCUAACCAAUCUUAAUAAUGGGGAGUUUCAAAGUUGCUUAGAAUUAAACAUAAGUGUUUGUGCGCUUACACAGACAAGUGCCAACAACAUAGUAGUAACUUUAGUUAAUCCGCUGGCUCACACUUCUUCACAAUAUGUACGCUUACCUGUAAGAAAAGAAAACUAUCAAGUCACAGAUGAAAACGGUCGUGAAGUACCAUCGGAAACUGUACCUGUGCCAUUGGAAAUUUUAUCUCUUCAACACCGUUCAAAUGAUACUCAGCAUGAAUUGGUCUUUAAAGCCAGUGUGAAAAAAAUUUCCAACUUCUAUAUUCGCGUACUUCCAUUUCCAAGAAAGAAGCAUGACUUACUCAACGAUCAAACAAUACCCAUAGCAGAAAACGAUGCGGACGAAUUUACGUUAGAGAACUCACUUAUAAAGCUUGUGUUCGAUAAAAGUACAGGAGGGCUUAAACGCGUAGAAAUGAAUGGGGUAUCCGAAAAUAUUCACCAAAGCUUUGCCAUUUAUAAGGGCUUCCGGGGCAAUAAUGGCUUAUCAAAAAAUCGAUCCUCAGGUGCAUAUGUUUUUCGUCCAGAUGGAGACAUUGAAGUGCUUAAUGAUAAAAUAGAAUAUUCAAUUUACAAUGGUCUGAAUGUAAAGGAAGUUCAUCAACAUGUGAACAAGUGGAUUUCUCAAGUAGUACGUAUUUAUGAGGGGGUAAACCGAGUUGAGUUUGAAUGGCUAGUUGGGCCGAUCCCAACGGACGAUGGAGAUGGAAAAGAAAUUGUUACUCGCUUUUCAACAAACUUGUCCUCGAAUGGCACUUUCUACACAGAUUCCAAUGGUCGAGAAAUGCUUGAACGUAAAAGAAACCAAAGGGAAUUCUUUAAACCAGAUAUGACAGAAGAAAUAAGCGGAAAUUACUAUCCAGUUACCGCACAAAUGUAUAUGCAAGACGAGGAUAAGCGUAUAACUCUAUUCAAUGAUCGUUCACAGGGCGGAACUAGCUUGGAAGACGGUGAAUUGGAGUUAAUGUUACAUCGUCGAUUGUUAAAUGACGAUGCAUUUGGGGUCGGCGAAGCUCUUAAUGAAGAACAGUUUGGUACGGGCUUGAUAGCCCGUGGAAAAGUUUUUCUUAUUCUGAACGCUGUGCCGAAGAAUCCAAUGUGUGCUGAGCGUUUAACCCAACAUGAAAUACAUUUGCCGUUUUGUAAGUUUUUCAGUAAAACAAAUAGCGUUCCUUCAGUAGUUCAGCAUUUGAUCCCAGAUUUUACCGAUUUUCCGGAAUCAAUCGAACUUCUUUCCCUUGAAGCACAUUCAACCAACAAAAUCCUUUUACGAGUGGAAAACAUGAAUUCCUGUGGAAGCAUAAAAAGCUUUAACAUUUAUCCACUUUUCAAAUCUUUGCGUGGACAACAGAUUUGGGAAGUAACUUUAGAUGGAAAUUUGCCACUAAGACACAUAAAGAGAUUCAAGUUUCACCAGGAUGGUACCGGUUUUAUUCCCUCUUCAGUUAGUUUCUUCUCUACACCGCAUAAGCCAAUAGAGGCGAAUUAUACGAUGGAUGCUUCUGAGUUCACUGUGACGUUGUUACCAAUGCAAAUUCGUACCUUUAUACUUCGGCACGAAUAAUUUAUUUACAAAAUAGUUAUGUUUAUAAAGUUGGAUUAAGUUUAACAACAGUACCGUAAAACUAAGCCGUUAAAGCUAAAAUAGAAUAAAAACAAUAAAAGCAAGC